GCGAGGUAAAGAGCUUCCUAGAGAGGCGUGUUGUGUUGGUAGCCCCGCCUUUUUCAUUGGAUUUUCUGUCUGGCCACUCCUCUUCCUGCUUCGGGAAGAGUGGCUGGCUUUGUUUGUGAUUGCAAGAUGGCGGCUGGAAUGUACCUAGAACACUAUUUGGACAGUAUUGAGAAUCUGCCGUUUGAGCUGCAGAGGAACUUCCAACUAAUGAGAGAUCUGGACCAGAGAACGGAAGGGCUUGAAUUUCAGCGCGGGAUCACGGGAAUCGCGCAUUUUCCAAGCUGCUUCUGCAUAUCUGCAACUUUCAGUGCGGGAAAAUCCAGCAGAGAUAUUUUAAGACACUCAGAUCUGAAGGGCGAGAUCGAUGGGCUGGCCACGGAGUACACAGCCAACGCGCGCACGCUGUCCUCCGAGCAGAAGCUCUCCCUUCUGCGGCAGAUCCAGGAGUCCUACACCAAGUGCAAGGAGUUCGGAGACGACAAGGUGCAGCUCGCCAUGCAGACCUACGAGAUGGUUGAUAAGCACAUCCGGCGGCUGGACACAGACCUGGCUCGGUUCGAAGCCGAUCUGAAGGAGAAGCAGAUUGAAUCCACGGACUAUGACUCCUCAUCCAGCAAGGGCAAGAAGAGUGAGAGUGAGACAGGAAAGAAAGCCUCUGAGCUGCAGCACGUCAAGUACAGCUCUGAGCUGGUGAUGUCAGCGACGCCCGCAGAGGUCAGGGGUCAGAAAGAUAAGAAGGUCGCCCGCACCAGGUCAAAGGUGAAGAAUUCGGACGAUGACAGCAGUCCUAAGAAUGGACAGAAAAAACUAAAACUGCACUCGACGGAGUAUAGUGCCCCCGCUGUUACCUUUGGGAACGUGCACCCCUCUGAUGUGCUGGACAUGCCGGUGGACCCCAAUGAACCCACAUACUGCCUGUGUCACCAGGUCUCAUAUGGGGAAAUGAUCGGCUGUGACAACCCUGACUGCUCCAUCGAGUGGUUUCAUUUCGCCUGCGUCGGACUCACGACUAAACCGCGAGGAAAGUGGUACUGCCCUCGAUGCACACAAGACAGAAAGAAGAAGUGAGCAGUUUGAGAAGCAGUCAGUCCUCACCAUGAACACAAAUAUUUGUUUUGUUAUUUUGUUUUUGAGGCGGGUGGCCCCCUGUAAUGCAUUCAAAUUGAAACUACCACACUGCAACGGAAAACUAGUUCAAAAGAGCAACAAAAUAGUGUAGCAGUGAUUCAAACUAGUCUUAUUAGCAUCAAACUAGACUAGACUGCACUGGAAUUACAUUGUAACUGCAUUUGAGAUCACUAUAGCACCUUUUAGACCAGUUUUCCUCUUAAUUUAAGCUGCGUUUGUUUUGGUAUUAUUUCAUAGUAAACCCCUGACAGCAUUAAUCUAAAAAUCUGACUCAUAACAUUUUCCAUGAUAGCUAGCAUUUUACUUUCUGAGUAAAACUGCAGAGCUAUUUUUUCUUGUGAGCGGGAUAGUUUGUUACCAAAUCAUGAUAUAAAAUGUUUUUUGUUAAUUAAAUAAUCCCCUAACUUUUGACCGGCCGUGCACUUCCACCUGCUCACUAUUUUUGUGUCAGUGUGCAGUUUUUAGCAAAACUUUUUUUUUUUUUUUAUUAAUUUUUUAACAUUUCAAAUGUGGUACUGUACUGGUUUUAAAGAGAACUCCCAGUUUGUAUCAUUCAUCUUUUUACUUUCAGGUAGACUUUCCUUUUUGAUUUGUGAAAUUGUCCCCACCUCCUCAGUGCCUUCUUUCUUGUCAGUAACCAAUCAUCUGUUUCCUCUCAUGACUGACAUGCUUUGCAACCAGCCAGUAACACGAUAUGACCCCUAAGACACUGCUGAGGUGAAAUGAAGUGCAUCUUAGGCCAGGGGUUACCAAGCGAAUGCAAAAAGACCAAUGGAGAUUACUUUUUUUUUUUUUUUUUUUACAGUACAACAGGCUUAAAAGUGUUUUUCAGUUGUCAUAUUUUCUAAGAAGUGCUAAUGGUGGGCCACAGUGCCUACUGCAGCUGAACAGGUGGGCCUCAGGUAAAGAAAAAAUGUGAUCCUCUGUCAUGGACCAUCUGAAAGCAAGGCAUGCAAACUGGUAACUUUCUUCAACCUAUUUUCUUCUACAAGUGAAAAUGCAAGUUUGCUGUAAUGUGCUUCUUUAAAAACUGCAUUACAGAGACCCACACACUGACUGGAGGCAAGCGCAGCACAGGAAACAUUUAGGGAACUGUUUCAUCAGCCACAGAGCCUUUUCAUUAUUAUUAUUAUUAUUAUUAUUAUUAUUAUUAUUAUUAUUAUUAUUAUUUUUAAACUGAAAGGUAUUGAAGUUGGACAUUCUCUGAAUAGUAGAGCAACAAAGUCUGCCCAGCAGAUUCCAUUCACAAAAAACUCAAAGAAAAACCCCAGCUUUUUAUUAUUUGUUUCCCCGAGUUGAAUGGAAUUGUAUUAAGUCAGUUCAGGGCAUGGAACUCAUGAAAUUCUCUUUUAAACAGUUAAUUAAAUGGGUGUCAUCUCUAGGGUGUAAUAAUACCCCAAUGGUACUAUACAUGUGAUGGGCCUUCACAUAUAAAAUGAAAGUGAAUUUUAUAUAAUGCAUAAUAAGAUCUAAUAAUAAUUUAACAGCUAACUUAUGUUAAAAAAACUAAAAUGAAACGAGACAGGGAGUGUAUGUAUUCAUACCAGCUAUACAGCACACUUAUUUAUUAAAGAAUCACUUGGUGAACUGCAAUGAGUCUUGUAUCACGAUACAUGUAAUACCUGUAUUACAGUACGAUAUAUCAUGUACAGAAAGCAUCCUGAUGCAUCUAUAUGCGAUGAAUCAUUACACUUAGUUAUUCACUUCAAGCAUUGGUUUACAGGGUAUCUUUCUGAUACAGUCCUUUAUUAAACUUACAAACCAAUACUCUAAAUACAAUUCAAGCAGCCUUUGGUUCCAUUAAAUCCUGAUUAAAGUAUUUGGAAACCUGUGUAAUAUCCUAUUUAAAGACAAGUGGAGUGUCUUUCACUUUCACUGGGGUGCAAAUCAUGUUAUCCUGCCAUUGUAACAGGACACAAUAGUUUGGAUGAAAAAACGGCACAAAGGCUCCCAGAUGCACAGCACAGCCUGCUGCUAAGUGACCGAUGUGAUUUAUUUCACUAUAUUUCUAUUGUUUCUUGUGUUGUUACUUGUGGCCGUUAUCUUUAUUAACGGGAUGUCUGGUGCUUAAACAUUUCAUCUGUUACUGUAUCAUAUUAGGAAGAGAGCACUUUGUAUAAAAACAAAAAAAAAAACAUGUAAAAAUGAAAACAAGAUUUGUAUAACUUGACAGCAUUAAGCAAGAAUAAACAUCAGAAAAUGAA